CACUUUCGUGUUGCGAGCGAAAGGAAUGAUUUUCUGUUGUUCUUCUAACCAAUAGACCUUCCUCCGAGACUUGUACAUACCCUGGGGUGUCUGUGCAUCUGUACACUACAGUUGGACCAGAAGAGCAAGAAAUGUGUGGUUUCUCCGGUUUCGCCGCUCAUCUCCUAUCUCCGGGACGCUAUCGACUACUCCGUGCAGGUUGUAUGCGACGCCGCAUCACACAGGGCAUGUGUAGGAGCAGGAAGCCAUCGAAAUGGCUCUGUCAGGGUUGCCGGUGGCCACAAUUACCGUCUUAGUUCCUUCUCGCGUUUUGAGCUACCAUGGCUUCAAGC